AUGAGAGUGGAAGAAGCGGACCCAUUCACUGUGACUUGUGUUGACUUUCCCGGAGCGUUACAUGUACGUGGUACAGACGGUCAGGACACGAAGGCAUACAUUCGCCUGUUAACAUGUGCUUCCAACCGUGCAGUAUAUCUGGAGCUGGUACCCGAUUUGUCCAGAGAGACGUUCAUAGAAGCCUAUCGCAGAUUCUGUAGUCGACGCUCAGUACCCCGGAUGAUGAUUUCUGACAAUGGAACAACAUUUGUAGGUGAGGCGAACCAAAUUAGGAAUCCUUUCGCGUCCGAGAUAAUUCAUACGGAACUUAGCAGAAGAGGAACAGAGUGGCGCUUCAUCGUCAAACGUGAUUCAUGGUAUGGAGAAUGGUGGGAGAAUUUGAUUGGGUUAACCAAAACGUCUAUCAAAAAAGUGCUUGGAGGCUCUAACGUUGACUACCAUCAACAAACGAUUGUGAUCACGGAAAUAAAAACUGUUAUAAAUGAUCGACCUCUGACCUACAUCAGCACCGCGCAGAGUGACUUGCAGCCGCUGACAUCUUCUCGUCUUGUUUCCGGUCGCCGAAUCACAGUGCUACUUCACAGCCGUGACGUGGAUUUUGAUCCUAAAAAUAUCAACACCAGAGAGAACAUUUCCAAACGAGCGCGAAUGCAGCAAAAACUCAUCGACGAUUUCCGCUGCAGAUGGAGCAGAGAAUACCUCACAGCUGUACGCGAAAACCAGCGGAUUUCCGGGCGUAAUGAGCAGACGAUUAAAGUCGGAAACAUCGUCGUGGUACACGAUGAAGGUCCACGGUCACAAAUGGAAACUGGCAAGGGUCGAGGCGCUCAUCCAAGGCAACGACGGACGAGUACGAGCCGCAAACUUUCGGACUGA